AAUCUACUCAUUAAGGCCUGAAAAUUGGAUGGGCCAUUUUUGUCAAUAAGCCCGAAAACCUUCUAUACUCUUGCUUCUUUCUUCUCCCGAACUAUAAACCCUAAACCCCUCCGCUUUCUCUCUGCAUCUCUCGUGAAGUAGAAGGCUACAAGCUUUUGGGAAAAUGAAUUUCAACAACGUCAAAGUUCCUAAGGUGCCUGGUGGUGGUGCAGCCUCAGCUUUGCUUAAGCUCGGUGUUAUUGGUGGGCUUGGUUUGUAUGCAGCUGCUAACAGUCUCUACAAUGUUGAAGGAGGUCAUCGGGCCAUUGUGUUCAACAGAAUUAUCGGUGUAAAAGACAAGGUUUACCCUGAGGGGACACACCUUAUGAUUCCAUGGUUUGAACGCCCAGUCAUUUAUGAUGUUCGUACACGACCCCAUCUGGUAGAGAGUACUUCAGGGAGCCGUGAUCUCCAAAUGGUUAAGAUUGGGCUUCGAGUUCUUACUCGUCCUGUGCCAGACCAAUUACCUACAAUUUAUCGAAACCUUGGUGAAAAUUAUAAUGAAAGGGUCCUCCCUUCUAUCAUCCAUGAAACUCUGAAAGCUGUUGUUGCACAGUACAAUGCUAGCCAGCUUAUUACUCAGAGAGAGGCUGUUAGUAGAGAAAUCCGGAAGAUUUUGACAGAAAGAGCGGCCUACUUUAACAUUGAACUUGAUGAUGUGUCCAUUACAAGCCUGACUUUUGGGAAAGAAUUUACAGCUGCAAUUGAAGCAAAACAAGUGGCUGCACAAGAAGCUGAGCGGGCUAAAUUCAUUGUGGAAAAGGCUGAACAAGACAAGAAAAGUGCUAUAAUCAGAGCUGAGGGAGAAGCCAAAAGUGCCCAGCUGAUAGGUCAGGCUAUUGCCAACAAUCCUGCCUUCAUCACCCUUAGGAAGAUAGAAGCUUCAAGAGAAAUUGCACAUACAAUCUCAGCUGCAGCCAACAAGGUUUACCUGGAUGCAGAUGAUUUGCUACUGAACCUUCAAAAGAUGGAGUUAGAUGUUCAGGGUAAGAAGUAGGUUGUCUGUUUCUCUCUCUCAACUCGGUUUUUGUUUACGAGUAGUCAAUUGGAAAUAUUUCCUGGGAACUUGGUGCAAAAGGUAAAUGGGGAAAAAUUUUUUACUAGCUUUAUCUCACUUUUGGUGGAUGUUAUAAAUCAGGAGAGAUUAAGUAUGAGUUGACAAUCAUCAUGAAUGGAAGCAGAGUCUCAACUCAUUGUGAUUUUUUAGUCUAAGUGCAACAUCAGUUGGAUGCAUGUUUUAAAACUCAUAUGGUUAUAAUAUUUUCAUCUCAAUAACAUCAAUUUACGGUAGUUUCAUUA